AUGGCCCCCUCGCCCGAAUCCGUCAUCGCUCUGGCGAAAGCCAAAGGAUACAAAAGAGACGCUCAUAAAGAUCAAGAUAGCCAGACAAACCUCGAGAGGUAUCGAUCAAACACGACGGCAAUGCAUCCGACGGUACUUCAACGGUUCGCAAUCUGGCAUUGGGGUCGGCUUAGUGAUGAAGCAGAUGCUUCUGGAGCAAUGCCACCCGAUUUCGAAAGCACUCGACAAUUCAUACUACAGAAGAAUGCGCCGGCUCCAAGUUUGACCGAAGUGAAAGAUUUCUUUCGUUUCUACAUCGAAACAAGCAGAGGUCGAAUCGCAAAGAACGGGAAGCCUACAGUGGAAUCUAUGAUUGGUAUUGCAGAGGCCUUCUAUCGAGCUUUCACUUUCGAGACCAAGACGGAGACUAGCCAGGAACAACGCAGUGAGGUCUAUCACUGGCUUCGCUAUGUUUUGCCUGCGCAGAGCAUCCUUGAGGAUGCCAAGAGGCCCAAACAUAAUCUUGAUGUCGUAGCCCUCGACCGCAUUCUCCACGUCAUCUGGAGUGAACUUGAGGUCAAUCACGACAGAAUGAGGAUCCAGUUGCACUUCAUUCUUAUGGUCUAUGCAACUACAGGGGCACGAGUCGGUGCUCUCUUCGCGGGAAACGUCACAUACAGGGAUAUCGAACUUGUUCAGAAGCGUAGAUCUGAGGGCAACGAUUACUUCUUCUUUUUCAGAUUUGAUCAAAGAUUUGUGAAGAAUAACCGUAACGUCGAAAACCAGACAUUCGGCACCACCAUGCAGGAACACCCUGUCCUUCUUCACAACGUCGAGGCUUUACUUGAGGCUCUAAUCUUCGCAGAUCAAGCUCUGUUCGGCUUAGACACCUUGGAAGACCUUUGGGACUUGGAGAUUUUACCUGACGAUAGCGAGAAUAUCCUCCGCUGGAAUGAAAAGGUGCUCGAUCUCCCAAUUCUGCGCAAAAUCGAACGGGACGGUACUGUAUCGAGGGAGCAAAUGAGCGUUGGGGUGUUUCAACGAGCGUUCCGUAGGAUAUUGGACUUGGCCGGCUACGUUGAUGUCGGAGCAUCUGUGCAUCAGAUCAGGCGCUACCUUGGGAAGAAAAUUGACGAACGGUACACUGAAGUCCAGCGGUCGCAGCAUAUUACACAGUCAGAUACGAAAAUCUUCGGUGCCAGCUACGUGGCCAACUGCUCGUCUGUGGACGGGCUCAGCGCUUUCUUCAGUGAGAACCCAGAUCAUACCGCUGCGGAAUUCUUCCAAGGAGUGGAGAAGUUUCGCGAGCAAGGAGCUCCGACAACUUUGCCUGCUGUCCGUGAGAGAGCCCUGUGGCAGAAUGAGGAGGUAGUCGCCCUUGAAAAAGAGCUCGUUUCGGUCAAAGAUUCAAGUAAAGAGCCCCAAGUCAGCAGGGCGCUUCACGGCCUGCGCCGCCGAUUGAAAGCAAAUGCUCUGACAAAGUAUCGUCGAGAAUGGGUGCGAGAGCGGCGAGAUUGGAAGGUUCUCACGAGAGGCAAAGUUCAACCAGCUUCGGGACCCGUCCGGGCUAAUCAACUUACGCCCUUCAUCCCUGAAUUAGAACGCGUCGAAAGGUUGAUGGUCUCAAUGAGCAAACUCAGCAAACCAUCCAUGCGCCAAGCCAUCCAAGAUCUCUAUAAACUGGCUUCCAAGGACUGCAUGGUCUUGUAUUAUCCCGGAGAGGAGCCUGAUGGUGGCGAUUGUCGUUUCUGCGGCACAAAUUUGUCCACGAUGUAA